AUGGCACCCCGCAUUACUCGGUCUGCAGCUCGGGCUGCCACUACCUUGGUCCCUGAGGACAAUAGCCAUCCUACCAAACCAGCAUCAAGCCGGGCUAAGGUAGCAAAAAGGUCUCAGCAGAAACAAUUCAAAUCAACUGCUGUUUCCAAUUCUUCUGCCCCUAUCACCAUCCCCGGAACGACUGUGGUUGAUACUCAAUCGCUCAAUGGUACCAGCGAGGCUAUCAAGGAAGAGAAGCCCGUCCUGUUCGAUGAGCUUCCCCAUAACCUGGGCUCUAUAAUUAAUGUACCAGUUGCAGAAUCAAAGCCUACGAUCUCCCCUGCUGGAUCAGACAAGGAAAACCAAUCUGUGGAUGAAAAGACCACUGAACUGGCUGCCGAUCUUCAAGAUACUGUGGACAAGGCAACAACCAAGAUUGAAGAAACUCCGGACAAGAAAGCUACUCCUGGCCGAAAGCCCAAAAAGAACACUUAUGGCUUGACCCCGGGUUCCUCUCCAUUCCCUCACUUUACCCGACCUACCCCCGAGGAGUGUGAAGAGGUCAAUCGACUACUUUCUAGUAUACAUGGAGAAAUCAUUCCACCCUCAACUAUCCCAGAACCGUCUUUGGCAGUCACUGGUUGUGGAGAAGUCCCUUCUGUUCUAGAUGCUCUGAUCCGCACCCUUCUUAGUGGAGCUACCACUGGCAAGAACUCCGCCAUGGCUUUCAACGGACUGGUCAAUCGAUUCGGCAUUCUUUCUGAGGGAAUCGGCAAGGGAAGUGUCGACUGGGAAGCCGUACGACAAGCCACCGUCAAAGACGUGUUUGAAGCGAUCAAACGUGGCGGUCUAGCAGAUAUCAAAAGCAAGAAUCUCAAAGCGAUCCUGGACAUUGUCCAUGAAGACAAUCAGGCACGACGCAAUGUUCUAUUAGAUGCAGACUCCAAGGAUCACACAGUCCCCAAGCUGGUACCCGACAAAGCGGAGAGGGACAAGCAAUACGAAAUCGCCUGCGCGGACCAGAAUUUCCUAUCUCUCAAUCACCUACACAACCUCUCUACAGAGGAAGCUAUGACAAAUCUCAUCAAAUACCCCGGCAUCGGUCCUAAGACAGCCGCUUGUGUGGUCCUUUUCUGCCUCCAGCGACCCUGCUUCGCCGUUGACACACACAUCUUCCGAAUUUGCCGCUGGUUAGGAUGGCUUCCUACGGGCUCUUCCGAGGUCACUGCAUUCAGUCAUUUGGAAGUCCGGAUUCCAGAUAAUCUGAAAUACUCGCUUCAUCAGCUUUUUAUCCGGCAUGGAAAGAGCUGCCCGCGGUGUCGAGCAAUUACUGGCGAAUCUAGUGAUGGAUGGGAGAAUGGAUGCGUCAUUGAUCACCUUGUGACCCGCACAGGAAAGCGCAAGGGUAAGGGAACGGCUGCUACUGCCCCCAAGCCCAAAAAGAUGGUCAAGAGGAAAGCAGCGAAGAUACCGGCCAAGCGCAAGCGAGACAGUAGUGACUCUGAACUGGACACUGAGGAGAGCGAGCUGUCCAGUGUUAUGGAUAUGAGCGACGAAUACACCCCUUAA